AUGGCGGCGCCCGCAGCUCCGGGAGGCGGUGACCCCCGCACGGACAGCCUGCUGGACCGGGAGACAGCCCGGUGGCUGCAGUGGGACCAGAAUCCUUUAACUUUGGAGUCAGUGAAACAGCUCAUUGCAGAAGGCAAUAAAGAAGAGCUACAGAAAUGUUUCGGGGCUCGCAUGGAGUUCGGGACAGCCGGCCUCCGAGCUGCUAUGGGAGCUGGAGUCGCUCGUAUGAACGACUUGACCAUCAUCCAGACUACACAGGGAUUUUGCAGAUACCUGGAAAAACAAUUCAGUGACCUGAAGCAAAGAGGUGUUGUGAUCAGCUUUGAUGCCCGAGCUCACCCAGCAAGUGGCAGCAGCAGCAGAAGGUUUGCCCGACUCGCUGCAACCACGUUUAUCACUCAGGGGAUUCCUGUGUACCUGUUCUCUGAUAUCACCCCGACCCCUUUUGUGCCCUACACAGUGCUGCAUUUGAAACUUUGUGCUGGGAUCAUGAUAACUGCCUCCCACAAUCCGAAGCAAGACAACGGUUAUAAGGUCUACUGGGAGAACGGCGCUCAGAUCACCCACCCGCACGACAAAGGGAUCGCUCAGGCCAUCGAGGAGAACCUGGAGCCGUGGCCUCAGGCGUGGGAUGACUCCUUACUUAACGGCAGCCCGCUCCUUCACGACCCGAGUGCUUCCGUCUCUAAGGACUACUAUGAAGACCUUAAGAAAUACUGUUUUCACAGGAGCGUGAACAGGGAGACCAAGCUGAAGUUUGUGCACACCUCCGUCCAUGGCGUGGGUCACAGCUUCGUGCAGUCGGCGUUCCGAGCUUUUGACUUUGUUCCUCCCGAGGCUGUUCCCGAACAGAAGGAUCCCGAUCCUGAGUUCCCAACAGUGAAAUACCCGAAUCCCGAAGAGGGUAAAGGUGUCCUGAAUUUAUCUUUUGCUUUGGCUGAUAAAAUCAAGGCCAAAGUCAUUUUAGCGAAUGACCCGGAUGCGGAUAGACUUGCUGUGGCAGAAAAGCAAGACAGUGGUGAGUGGAGAGUGUUUUCCGGCAAUGAGUUGGGGGCCCUUUUGGGCUGGUGGCUCUUUACUUGUUGGAGAGAAAAGAACCAAGACCCCAGUGCCCUCAAGGACACCUACAUGCUGUCCAGCACCGUCUCCUCCAAAAUCCUGCGGGCCAUUGCCUUGAAGGAGGGUUUUCACUUUGAGGAAACAUUAACUGGCUUUAAAUGGAUGGGAAACCGAGCCAAGCAACUAAUAGACCAGGGGAAGAAUGUCUUAUUUGCAUUUGAAGAAGCUAUCGGAUAUAUGUGCUGCCCUUUUGUUCUGGACAAGGAUGGAGUCAGUGCCGCCGUCAUAAGCGCAGAGUUGGCCAGCUUUCUUGCAACCAAAAAUCUGUCUCUGUCUCAACAGCUAAAGGCCAUCUAUGUCGAGUAUGGCUACCAUAUCACCAAAGCUUCAUAUUUUAUCUGCCAUGAUCAAGGCACCAUUAAGAAAUUAUUUGAAAACCUUAGAAACUAUGAUGGAAAGAAUAAUUAUCCGAAAACUUGUGGCAGAUUUGAGAUUUCUGGUAUCAGGGACCUUACCACUGGCUAUGAUGAUGGCCAGCCUGACAAAAAAGCGGUUCUCCCCACUAGUAAAAGCAGCCAGAUGAUCACCUUUACCUUUGCCAAUGGCUGCGUGGCCACCAUGCGGACCAGUGGGACGGAGCCCAAAAUCAAGUACUAUGCCGAGCUGUGUGCCCCGCCUGGAAACAGUGAUCCUGAGCAGCUGAAGAAAGAACUAAAUGAACUAGUCACCGCUAUUGAAGAACAUUUUUUCCAGCCACAAAAGUAUAACCUGCAGGCAAAAGCAGAGUGA